CCAUAACUCCCAUUUUGAGUAGACUCAUUUCUAUCUGCACAUACAUACAGUCCUCUUGUAAAUGUAUGUACAUAUAUAAAUUCCCCUAAAUUAACAACUCAAGACAAAACCCUAGGCAGUGUCAGAACAAACACUAAUCAGCACAUGCACUUAUCUCCAAGUAUUUAAGAGAAAAUCUUGACAGAGAAAAGGAUGCGUAAGUGGUUGUGCUGUUCUUGCCAUGCAGAAGAGUAUCCUUCGCAUGAGGGUGGUUUCUUAAAAAGGCGAAAAAAUCACGCGGAAGAGCACCAUAAAGCUGCAAAAGUGUCUGCUCCUAUCAAAGUUGAAGUUGAGAAGCCAGUGCCUAUCAUUGAAGUACCUGAACUAUCUUUUGACGAGUUGACUGAAAAAACCGGCAAUUUUGGUUCUGAGGCAUUGAUUGGGGAAGGAUCCUAUGGAAGGGUAUAUUUAGCCAAGUUAAGUAUUGGAAGAGAUGUGGCUGUUAAAAAGCUUGAUGUUGCAACUGAUGCUGAGUCGAAUAAUGAGUUUCUGAGUCAGGUGUCUAUGGUUUCAACUCUAAAACAUGAUAAUUUUGUGGAAUUGUUGGGUUAUUGCGUUGAAGGUAAUAUUCGUGUAUUGGCAUAUGAGUUUGCUACCAUGGGCUCUUUACAUGACAUUUUGCACGGUAGGAAGGGUGUGCAAGGGGCACAACCUGGUCCUGUUCUUGACUGGAUGCAGCGGGUAAGAAUUGCUGUUGAUGCAGCAAGGGGAAUAGAGUAUUUGCAUGAAAAGGUUCAACCUUCUAUAAUACACAGAGAUGUCAGAUCUAGUAAUGUGCUUUUAUUUGAGGACUUCAGAGCUAAGAUUGCAGAUUUUAACCUUUCUAAUCAAGCUCCUGACAAUGCUGCUCGCCUUCAUUCUACUCGUGUUUUAGGAACUUUUGGUUAUCAUGCACCUGAAUAUGCCAUGACUGGACAGUUAACACAGAAAAGUGAUGUCUACAGCUUUGGAGUUGUUCUUUUGGAGCUUUUGACCGGAAGAAAACCCGUUGAUCAUACCAUGCCUCGAGGACAGCAGAGUCUCGUCACUUGGGCAACUCCAAGAUUAAGUGAAGACAAAGUCAAACAAUGCGUGGAUCCAAAGCUUAAGGGGGAGUAUCCUCCUAAAGCAGUGGCGAAGCUGGCAGCUGUAGCAGCAUUAUGUGUCCAGUAUGAAUCUGACUUUAGGCCCAAUAUGAGCAUUGUUGUAAAGGCACUUCAACCGCUUCUGAGGACUGCUGCCCCACCUCCUGAGAUCUAGAGAAUGAUAUUUGAAUCCAUAUGUCCGGUCUUUGUGUAGUUUGACUCGUCUGUCCAGAUUUUACUCGCAUGCAUUGUGGUAGACGAGAGUAUUACAUUUUCGGAUUUGGGAUUUUGAAAUAUAGGAUUGGGUUUUGCCAUUUUUUUUCUAUCUCUUCGGUUUGACAGGUCCAAAUCAGAUGUUGAUUGCUUGCAUCAAGCUAAAAGAGAUAAUGGUGGUUUGCUGGGUGUAUACUUCGGUUUUAAAAACUUUAUGACAGUGGAGGGUCUUUUUAUUUUUA